AUGCUGAAGAUGAAUAAUCUCAGCUCGAUCCUAAAAAAAAAACCUAGAUCUGAUCUAAUUUCACGACAGCUUCUCUCCUCUCUUUUCUCUCCCUCGAGUCUCGCUGCCGCUUCUCUCUCUCCGGCGAACUACACAGUCACAGGUACAGACUCACAAGGCCAUUUGCAUCCUUGUAUUUCUCCUUCUGAGAAUGGACUAAUCAAAAGCAAGAUUAUAAAGAAAGAAGUCUAUCUUCCACAUCAGAAGACUAAUCAGACCAGAAAGAGAAGAUGGAAGCAGCAUUGGAGGUAUACACUGACGACAUUGAGAUGA